UGGAGCGCCAAAAGGCCCCGGGAGGAGGCGGCUGGGGCCAGCUCAUGUCGAAACCGGGAGGGAACCUCGGGGACGGAGGAAGGAGCGGUUGGGUAAGGCUCGCAGCCAGCGGCACUGCCGGCUUUACGCAACUCGGGCUGCAUGAACCCGAUGGCGGCGGCUGCGAACCGACCCGGGGAGCAAAGUCCCGGCGGAUGCGGGCGGGGGGCAGAGCCCUGCCCAGAUGUGAUGGUGACCUGUCCUCCCUGCGUCCUGGCCCCUCCUGGUGCUGAGUGCCAUCAGUAGCCCCGUGCAGGCGGCAGCAUGGGGUCACAGUGCCCUGUGUGGUGCCUCCUGCUGCUCCUCGCCCCAUCCCUGCUGCAGGCCGGCACCUGGCAGUGCCCCCGCAUCUCUUACAGCUCCACCCGCAACUUCUCAGUGCCGUAUACGCUGCCCAGCCUCGAUGCUGGCAGCCCCGUGCAGAACAUCGCCGUCUUCCCCAACCCGGCCACCAUCUUCGUGGCCGUCCGUAACCGCAUCCUGGUGGUGGAUCCCGAGCUGCGCCUCCGCUCCGUCCUCAUCACCGGCCCCACAGGCAGUGCCCGCUGUGAGAUCUGCCGCCUGUGCCCUGUCGAUGUGGAUGCCCCAGGGCCCGAGGAUGUGGACAACGUGCUGCUGCUGCUGGACCCGGUGGAGCCGUGGCUGUACAGCUGCAGUGCGGCACGGCACGGGCUCUGCUACCUGCACCGGCUGGAGGUGUGGGGCAGCGAGGUCACCAUCGCAUCCACCCGCUGCCUGUACUCGGCUGCGGCCAACAACCCCAUGUCCUGCCCUGACUGCGUGGCCAGCCCCCUGGGGAGCACCGGCACCGUGGUGGCCGACCACUACACCGCCUCCUUCUACCUGGGCUCCACCAUCAACAGCAGCAUAGCAGCGCGCUACAGCCCCCACUCAGUGUCGGUGCGCAGGCUGAAGGGCACAGAGGAUGGCUUCGCUGACCCCGUCCAUUCACUGACGGUGCUGCCACGCUACCAGGACAUCUACCCCAUCCACUACAUGCACUCCUUCACCGAUGGGGACCACGUCUACUUGGUGACGGUGCAGCCCGAGUUCCCCGGCUCCCCCACGUUCCACACACGCCUGGUGCAGCUCAGCGCCCACGAGCCCAACAUGCGGCACUACCGUGAGAUCGUCCUGGACUGCCGCUACGAGUCCAAGCGGCGGCGGCGGCGUGGGGCCGAGGAGGAGACGGAGCGUGAUGUGUCCUACAACGUGCUGCAGGCUGCCCAUGCUGCCCAGCCUGGUGCUCGCCUGGCCCGUGACCUCGGCAUCGAUGGCUCCGAGACGGUUCUGUUUGGUGCCUUUGCUGAGAGCCACCCGGAGAGCAGUGAGCCGCAGCACAACUCGGCCGUGUGCGCCUUCCCCUUGCGCCUGCUCAACCAGGCCAUCCGGGAGGGCAUGGACAAGUGCUGCGGCACCGGCACGCAGACACUGAUGCGGGGCCUCAGCUUCUUCCAGCCGCAGCAGUAUUGCCCGCACAGCGUGAACCUCUCAGCACCAGUGGCCAACACCAGCUGCUGGGACCAGCCCACCCUGGUGCCAGCUGCCUCUCACAAGGUGGACCUGUUCAAUGGGCGCCUGUCCGGCAUCCUCCUCACCUCCAUCUUCGUCACCGUCCUCCAGAAUGUCACGGUGGCCCAUCUGGGCACAGCACAGGGACGUGUCCUGCAGAUGGUGCUGCAGCGCUCCAGCUCCUACGUGGUCGCCUUGGCCAACUUCUCUUUGGGUGAACCAGGACUGGUGCAGCACGCCACAGGGCUGCAGGGACACUCGUUGCUCUUUGCUUCUGGCACUAAGGUGUGGCGUGUGAACGUCACCGGCCCCGGCUGCCGACACUUCUUGACCUGUGACCGCUGCCUGCGUGCCGAGCGCUUCAUGGGCUGUGGUUGGUGCGGGGAUGGCUGCACACGACAGCACGAGUGUGCUGGACGCUGGGUGCAGGACAGCUGCCCACCCAUCCUCACUAAUUUCCACCCCAAGAGUGCACCACUGCGGGGCCAAACACGAGUGACGCUCUGUGGCAUGACCUUCCACUCCCCAUCGGACCCUGCCGCACACCGCAGCCCCCCCGGCCCUUACAGGGUGUCGGUGGGAGGGCGAAGCUGCACUGUGCUGCUGGAUGAGAGUGAGAGCUACAGGCCGCUGCCCACGUUCCGUCGCAAGGACUUUGUGGAUGUGUUGGUGUGUGUGCUGGAGCCGGGGGAGCCAGCGGUGGCGGCAGGGCCGGCUGAUGUGGUGCUCAAUGUCACAGAGUCUGCUGGGACCUCGAGCUUCCGUGUCCAGGGAUCUGCCAGCUUGAGUGGCUUUGUCUUUGUGGAACCCCGCAUCAGCACCCUGCACCCCAGCUUUGGUCCUCAGGGUGGUGGCACCCUUAUGUCCCUCCAUGGCAGCCACCUCUCAGCAGGGAGCAGUUGGCGGGUGACAAUCAAUGGCUCCGAGUGUCCCCUGGAUGGGCAACCCAGCCAGGGCAAUGGGGAGAUCCAGUGCACAGUUCCUGCUGCCACCAGCCUGGGCGCAGCCUCUGUGGCCCUGUGGGUCGAUGGUGAGGAGUUCCUGGCCCCACUGCCCUUUGAGUAUCGCCCCGACCCCUCUGUUUUGGCCAUUAUCCCCAACUGCAGCUAUGGGGGCUCGAUGCUCACCCUCAUCGGCACCCACCUGGACUCAGUGUAUCGCGCCAAGAUCCAAUUUGAAGGCAGAGGCGGUGGGAAGACUGAAGCCACGGAGUGCGAGGGCUCGCAGUCACCCAACUGGCUGCUGUGCCACAGCCCAGCCUUCCCCGUUGAGACCAAGCCAGUGCCUGGGAACCUGAGCGUGCUGCUGGAUGGGGCUGCUGGCCGCUGGCUGUUCCAUCUGCGCUACUUCCCCCAGCCCCGCGUGUUCACCUUCGGGCAGCCGGGCGAGCGGUACCAACUGAAACCUGGAGAUGAUGAGGUUAAGGUGAAUCAAUUGGGGCUGGACUCUGUGGCUGGCUGCAUGAACAUCACCAUGACAGUGGGGGGCCGGGACUGCCACCCCAACGUGCUGAAGAACGAGGUGACGUGCCGCGUGCCUCGCGAUGUGGACCUGUCCCCAGCUGGGGCCCCUGUGCAGGUCUGUGCGAAUGGUGCCUGCUGGGCACCGGGUUCUGUGCUGCCCGCCUCCUCGCUGGACAUGGCUGCCAGCCUGGCCCUGGGCACCGGUGUCACCUUCCUGGUCUGCUGCGUCCUGGCUGCUGUGCUGCUCCGCUGGCGCUGGAGGAAGAAGAGGGGUACGGAGAACCUGGAGCUGCUGGUGCACCCUGUCCGGACUGAGCACCCCAUCACCAUCCAGCGCCCCAACGUUGACUAUAGAGAAGUGCAGGUGCCUGAAAUUGUCUCUCUCCCCAUCCUGGCAGUGCUGCCUGUUGCAGACAGCCCUGGCCUGGCCAGGCCCCAUGCACGCUUUGCUGGUGUCAGUGCUGGAGCUGAUGCUGUAGGCGGUGGCUCCCCGGUGCCACUGCUCAGAACCACGUCCUGCUGCCUGGAGGACCUGCGGCCAGAGCUGCUGGAGGAGGUGAAGGACAUCCUCAUCCCUGAGGAGCGGCUCAUCACCCACCGCAGCCGCGUCAUCGGCAGAGGGCACUUUGGCAGCGUGUACCAUGGCACCUACAUGGACCCACUGCUGGGUGACCUGCACUGUGCUGUCAAGUCCCUGCACCGUAUCACAGACCUGGAGGAGGUGGAGGAGUUCCUGCGCGAGGGCAUCCUGAUGAAGAGCUUCCACCACCCGCAGGUGCUCUCUUUGCUGGGGGUCUGCCUGCCCCGCCAUGGGCUGCCCCUCGUCGUCCUGCCCUACAUGCGCCAUGGGGACCUGCGCCACUUCAUCCGUGCCCAGGAGCGGAGCCCCACGGUGAAGGAGCUCAUCGGCUUUGGGCUCCAGGUGGCCUUGGGUAUGGAGUACUUGGCCCAGAAGAAAUUCGUGCACCGGGACUUGGCGGCCAGGAACUGCAUGCUGGACGAGACGCUGACAGUGAAGGUGGCUGAUUUUGGGCUGGCACGGGAUGUGUUUGGCAAGGAGUACUACAGCAUCCGGCAGCACCGGCACGCCAAGCUGCCUGUCAAGUGGAUGGCACUGGAGAGCCUACAGACCCAAAAGUUCACUACCAAGUCAGAUGUGUGGUCCUUUGGGGUGCUCAUGUGGGAGCUGCUGACACGGGGUGCAUCGCCGUACCCCGAGGUGGACCCCUACGACAUGGCCCGCUACCUGCUGAGGGGCCGGCGCCUGCCACAGCCCCAGCCCUGCCCUGACACGCUGUAUGGGGUGAUGCUGAGCUGUUGGGCACCCACACCCGAGGAGCGGCCGUCCUUCUCGGGGCUGGUGUGUGAGCUGGAGCGUGUGCUGGCCUCACUGGAGGGCGAACGCUAUGUCAACCUGGCUGUCACCUACGUCAACCUGGAGAGAGGCCCUCCUUUUCCUCCUGCCCCCCCGGGACAGCUGCCCGACAGCGAGGAUGAAGAGGAUGAGGAAGAUGAAGAGGAUGAGGAUGCGGCUGUGCGCUGAUGGGGUGCUUUGCACCAUGGAUACGCUCCCCCAAGGGGGGCUGUGGGGCACCCACCCUAUGGGUUGGGUGCUGUGUUCUGUGGGUGCUGUCUUGUGCUGUGCACUGAGACUGUGCCAUGUCCCACGGGGUCCCCCCCACUUGGCCUCAUGCUGGCUGGGUGCUGUAGGGCUCAUCCUGCACCACUGGGGUGCUGUGGGCCCUGUGUGGGGCUGUGGGGAACCCUGAUCUGACCAUGUGCCCUGAGGGGUUCUUGGGGCCUCCCUGGGGAAAUUCAGCAUUUUGGGCUUGAUAAAAACCAAAUGCUAUUUUUCA